GCUUAUUUUCGAUAAUAUAUUUUCAGAUUAUUUACAUUUACUUCGAAAUGUAUAUUUUAUUUUCGUCCGUGGGCGUUUCCUGUAGAAUCUUCUUCCGAUUUAUUCAAUGAAGUCCUUUAUCGCAGUUUGCCGGGAUCGGAGUCACUCUUCGCCUCAAUACUUUUGAAUUAAACUGAGAAAACAUUGUCAUCAAUUUGAAUUUCAAAUUUGAAAAUAAGAUUUUUCGUUGAUUCCAUAAUUCUCUUGAUUUAGUUUACAUUAUACGUUCACAAUGUCAAGAAUACGUUGGAAAUCUGCUCGAGUUUUCUGUAUAAUUAUCGCGUCAGCUCUACUAUAUUUAUUAUUAAGAAUAAAAACUUAUCAAUAUAAGACUAGUGUAUUUUUGCCGAAUGCACACCCCAAUCAAGUAUGGGAAUACGUUGCCGAUUUCAGUAAUAUGAAAUAUCUGAACCCAACAAUAGAGGAUUUCAAUAUAAUUGAAGAAAGUGGAAAUUAUAACCAUUGGCAAUACACAGUAGAAUAUAAGGAGCAUCUGUCACAUUGGCCUUACUUACCAAAUUUUGCAGAAGCAAGAUUCAGCAUAAAAUCAAAUGAUCAAAGAACUAAGUUUUUUAUCAAUUCUACUCACAAAACCUGUUUAUUGAACAAUUUUCUAUGUUUGAAUUCGGAAAGUGAGUUUUCUUUUACCCAGGGACAUUCUUCAACAGGAGCUCUUUGUAAUGAAGAAAUAUAUUAUCAAUGUCCAGCUCUCUUCUCCAGUUUUUGUGAGAGAGAAGUGAAAUAUCAAAGAGAUGCCAUUAUGAUCAAUUUGAGGAGUCAAUUCAAUUAAAUUGAGUUAAAUAAGAGCUAGCAAAUGUUCUUAAAACCAAAUCAAAAAAGUUCAUAACACAUAUCAAGAUCUAUUAUUUAUAAUUUGUAAAAUCUCGAAUUAAAUAUAAUUAUUAAUAAUUG